UUUCCAGGUAGCGGAGCAUGCGCAGUUCCAGGCUUAAUUGCGGUCGAACUUCCUUAAAUUAAACUCCUAGAUAAAGGGAGUACUAAUGAUGAUUUCUUACGGUAAAUCAUAAGAGAAGCUAAUGGCUGGAAAUUAAAAUAAGAAUUGGACCUACAUAAAUUUGACAGAUUUAAGGGUGUUUCACUUUAUAGAAGUUCUCCUGUAUGGUUGCCAGGACAACGCGCUUCCUGGCAAAACAAACAAAACCCUGAGAAUUCAACUAUAUUUUGGGAGUUUAGUUACGAAAAAAAUAUACAAAAAUGUCGGACAAAGAUCUGGAUGCCAUUAUCCAGGUGACCCAGCAGGUGAUGGGCAAGUUCAUCAAGAAGCCGCCACUCACCGAGAAGCUUUUGAGGAAGCCUCCCUUCCGCUUCCUCAUGGAUGUCUUUAACAAUUUUAUCAAGCAAACCGGCAAGUUGGACGGCUUGUACACUUCGGAGGAGCAGCAGUUCGAAAACAUUACUACGCGUGAGGAUAAGUUACGAUUCCUGCAAAAGAUGAUCGAUGUAGUCAAGCUCACGACCAAGCAAGACCUCAAGGUGCGCACCUCAAAGAUAGUCGCUGGCCAGGAGCCAGAGCUCACCAAUGAGCUGCUCCAGGCAAUGGCCAGUGUGGCGGAGAAGAACCUGGACUGGGACAGCGCGGUCGAUCAGGUGGUGAUUGCCCACAGCAAGAGUCCCAUCGCCCUGCCGAAGCCAACGAAGGAGACCAAGACCUCCAGCAAGAAUCCGUCACCAGCCGGCGGAAAGGAGGAGGAUCCAAAGCGGCGCAAAGAGAAGCGGACGUCUCCCCAGGAACAAAAGCUGCGAAAGGCCACCACCGAGCCAGGAGCUCGGUCCACACCCACUGAAAAGGACAAGGAUAAGACCAAGGCAGUCCCAAAGAAGGCAAAGGUGUCGGGAGCUGAACCCAAACUCAGUCGGCAAAGUUCCAAGCAAAAAAGUCCAUCGCCUGUCAAGCUAAAGUCAAAGAACAACAAGCAGCAGCUCUCCACAGAUAGCGACAAUCCCAGCAUGUCCAUGACGCCACCAGUACCAGACAAUCAACCAGUAGCUCCCGAAACAGUUCCUACUCUAGUAUCAAAGGAGGCUAAGUCAGAGCCUGCCCAGGAAGCAGCUGCUCCUCAACCUGCCGCUUUAUCUCCACCCACAGAACCGCCAGAAAGUAGGAAAUCCUCUGCCCAGCGUCGCAGUUCUGCCUCAUCAAACAGGAGUCGACGCUCCAGUGGAUCUCAAAGGCAGCCGGAACCUCCUAGCACCACUGAAGUCCAGUCCCAGCCAGCGUUGCCAAAGGCGGAGUCCAACCCUCCAGCAGAUUCUAACAACAACACUAGCAGCGAGCUCAAGCGGGAACUUACCAUGUCGAGAGAAAACUCGAAGGAAUCGAAUCAGCGACCAAGGACCUCGCUGAGACCUCCCUCCGCACGUCCCGCCUCCGCUCGUCCUGGAGCUCCACGACGUCGCAAUGUGGAGAUUGUUUUGCAGCCCAAUGACCAAAUCAAGAUGUCUGGCAUCAAUGUGAAGCUGGAAACUUUUGGAGACCUGGACGAUGAUGGUGAGAACUUGGUAAUCAUUGAAGAUGCCAACUCGCACGACAUUGUGGAGGGUAAUAAGGCAGACGAUCCUUCGCUGGAGGGUCAGCUGGAUGCCCAGCAAGGUCGUUUGGUGCAGCAGAUCCUGGAGACCCAAAAGGAGUUGGUUCAUCAGAACGCCGAGGUAAUGGAAGCGGCUCCCUCGUCGGCGACAGUUCGCCAGAGUUCAGCACGCCAAGUGAACGAUCUGCGCGACGUGAUCCAGAGCCUUACGAAGGCUGUAAAUCCGCUUGGCAAGCUUCUGGACUUUAUACCCGAGGACAUCGAUGCCAUGCAACUAGAGCUAACCAUGUGGCGUGACACCUACACCCAGGCUGCCAUGGAGCUGAAAAGAGAGCGCAGCCUCACAGCUUCGGCCACCGAGCCUAUGAAGCACCAGCUCCAACAGAUCGAGGCGAGCAUUGUGGAGUACCAAGAGCUGGUCGAUGAGAGUCGCAACAAGAUACUGCAAAAUAAUGCACGCAUUCUCAAGAUGCUGAUGGAGCAGUAACUGCUACAGAAUAAACCAAAGAUAUAAGAAAUUGUAAGGGUUGAACUUGGAGCCUCGAAUAUUUCAUAUUAAAAAUUAUUACUUAAGUUAUACAAUCAAUGUAAUCGGUAUUUGCUUCAAUGGACAAAGUUAAUGUCUUCGAAGGAGCAAAGUGUUGACAAAUUUAGUACACGAUCCCCCUGUUAAAAAGUAAAUGAAACUUUUCCCCAUUACCAAUUUCCCAAUAAGGUUUUACCUUAAUCAGAGCCAUAAGUCUCACUAAAAAGCCUCGGUUUAUAA